CUUCAACAAUUAAACUUCCUCAUUAUAUGUUUUAAUUGAUAAGUUAAAUAUACAAGUGUAAAUAGGAGCCGUACAACAUGAAAUAUUUGUUUACAGUGGUUUUUAUUCUAGAUUCUUUGGUGUGUUUCUUGAUCGACUUUGUGUCAGGAACACUAUCGAAACCAGUUCUCACUUACGACAAUCAACCUUUUGUUGGAGAGCGCAUUAAGUUUACUUGUUACUCAAGAUAUAUUGGUGCUCCGUCAAAUUUAUCGCAAAACAUUGGAUAUAAAUUUAAUUACAACUAUAGACACUCUAUGGACUCUUUUCUGGAAAUCACCCAUUCCGAAAAGGGCAAACAUGUGUCCUGCCAAGCGUUCAAUGAAAUAGGAGAGUUAUCUCCCAUCAGCAACGUCAUAACUCUUGAUCCAUACUAUGGACCUGAAGACAUCAAAACAUUGCCUGCAGGUGUCGUUUACGAUGUUACUGAAGGUGAAACAGUCUCGCUUAUCUGCUCGGCAAAAUGUUAUCCAGGAUGCAUCUAUGUAUGGAAAUACAACACUGAUAUAUUCAGACAGUACAGAACAGGCAGCAUUCUAACAAUACAACAUGUUAAUCGAUCACAUGCUGGGGAAUAUAGAUGCCGUGCUGAUCAUAUCAAUGACCCGCAAAGAUUCCAAAGAAUCGACAGAAUAAUUAAUGUCCAGUGUCGACCAGCAAAACAGGUGACAGUUUUGAAAGGUGAAAUAUUUACCAAACUUAAUAAGAAAGAGGUCGUAGAUAUUUCUGUAGUAUCUGAUGUGGGACCAAACAUAACGUGGAUUAACGGAACUGGUUAUACAUGGGAGAGCACAAUGGUGAUGAACAGUUUGAAAUACAACUACAUGUCAUUUUUAAUGGCAGAGAAUUUAUCCGACUUUGGCACAUAUGGAGUACAGAUCUGCAACAACAAUUGUUGUAAAAUAGAAUUUAUUCAGUUGAAACAAAUGAUAAAUCCAGAUGGCUUCAGGCUUUUAAAUUAUAUAGUUCCUAUAACAGGUAUAGCAGCGGGGAUUUUUAUACUCAUUUUAGUUACCAGUUUGUUGUGUAACAGGAAAAGGCAUGUAAGUCAUAGAAACAUCAAACUGGCACCUAAUGUCGAAUACAAAAGAAAACCAAGAUGCCCCAGUGUUGAAGCUGACGAACCGUUCUAUGAAAAUAAAAAUACAUUAAAAGUAAAUGACCACUCUGUGGAACAACAACCUUCAUACGAGAACUACGAACAAUUAACGGACGACAAAAAUUAUCAUAACGAGGGGGAGUAUGCUAAUUUACGACAAAAAUAAACAUAAAAGAGGAAGAAAAUGGAAGGAAAAAACUCAAUAGUUCAGAAUUGGAAUUUUUUGUACGAACUAAAUUUUAUAAAUAUAAAAAAGUAUUAGGUACAAUUUGUGCACAACCAACGAGCCCCUACUCCGACUUACUCUUACCCAUAUUGUGAAUCAUCUGUAUGUUUCAUGUAUCGUGUAUAAAUUAUAAUUUAGAUGUAUCAUGUGUAUGUUAUAUAUUGUAAAUUUAUUCGUUAUUUUGUAUUUUAGUUGAUCCAAUGAUUUGAUCUUUUUAUAGUUAUUUUGUUUGAUAAAGAGGUCGUUUCUUUUAUUGAUGUAUACAAGUCUUAUCAGUUUUUAAUUCUUCGGUGUUGACAUGAAUAUCAAUAAUGUGGUCAUUUUUAUAAAUUUCCUGUUUACAAAUCUUUGAAUUUUACGAAAAACUAAGGAUUUACUUAUCCCAGGCAUAGAUAACCUUAGCCAUAUUUGGAACAACUUUUUGGUAUUUUGGAUUCUCAAUGCUCUUCAACUUUGUACUUGUUAGGCUUUGUAAUAUUUUGAUAUGAGCGUCACUGAUGAGUCUUAUGUAGAUGAAACGCGCGUCUGGCGUACUAAAUUAUAAUACUGGCACCUUUGAUAACUAUUAUCAAAUGGCAAAAGAAGUUUAAGGAACAAGACAACUAGUACACAACCAACGAGCCCCUUUUCCAACUAACUCUUACCCUGUAUGUUUCACGUAUCAGGUAUAAAUUUUAAAUGUAUCAUGCUAAGUUAUAUGUGUAACUCCUUCGUCGUUCGGGUUAAUAAUAGUCACCUGAGCUGUGCAGAUUAACUUCUAUAUACCGACUUGUUUGGUCAAUAACUAUAACUUAAUUUAUUCGUUAUUGUGUAUUUAUAGUUCCAGUGAUAUUAUAUUUUUAUAGUUAUUUUAUUUGAUAAAGAGGUAUUUGUUUUGAAUGUUUAGUUAUAUUUGUUAUCAAAUAUUUCGGUAAACAUAUCUUUGCAGUCAAUAACAAAAGGGCAACACAAUCUGUUAAUAUAAGUGUUUAUUACAUUGGCUGCAAUGAAUUACCUCGAUAACGUCGAAUCAAAACAAAUUGUCAACGCGUAGGAAAAACAUAUAGUUCCUUACAUUUUCUACAUUAAUUUCAUAAAAAAGCCAUUUGCCAAUGUAAUAAAAAGAAUAACUAAUUGGCGUAUUUGAAUAUCAAAAAUAAGACAACUUGUGACCGAACGCCGCUAUGGAUUAAACUCGUGCUGCGCACUCGUUUAAUCCAUGCGUCGUUCGGUCACGCGUU